UCAGUGUGCAUUUCAAACCUAGCAGUGACUGAUCAGGUGCACUCCUUCUGCUGAGUAUGUAACAAAAUGCCAAACUCUCAGAAGGAAGAUGGGAGUUAAGGAAAUACUGUAUUUUUUUGCAUAAACAAUUUAGCCACACUCUACCCCUGUUAUUAGUUACGCUUGUGGGGCCCUCCCCUAAAUACAUUGUCUGGACACCAUGAAAGGCCCAACUUUGUGAACAAGCAUUUGUAAGGACACGCACUCUCAGCACUACUAAUGGUAACUCUCUUUUGCACAAUAAGUAGUAGGACUUUAUCGUGCCAAGGACUGCAGAUCCACUGUGGAAAUAGACAUUAGGGGUGAUCCAGGCUAUGGAAUUCACUCACUCAGUUCACCAAGUGGCAUGUUUCUGUUCGACUGUUAAUUUACCAAACAUGUUUAACUCUGGCUUCAGAGUUACUGUGUAGGAGAAAGUGAAUGUAGACAGAAUAAGAGUGGGUUUACCAUGUCAUUGAAUAAAAUGGUUGGAAACCACAGCAUCAUGUGAAAUGUAUGAAGUGAGUAUAGAUUCUCAGUACUGUGAUUUUCACCCUUCCUCUUCUGUACAUGUGGGAUGGAUCAGGCCUCAGUGGCUUUAGGGGAUGUGGCUGUAAACUUCACCGGAGAAGAGUGGGCUUUGCUGGGUCCUUGUCAGAAGAAUCUCUACAAAGAUGUGAUGCAGGAAACCAUCAGGAACCUGGAUUGUGUAGGAAUGAAAUGGAAAGAUCAGAACAUUGAAGAUCAAUACAAAUAUUCCCGGAAAAAUCUAAGAUGUCGUAUGUUACAGAGAUUUGGUGAAAAUAAAGAUGGAAGUAAAUGGGGAGAAACGUCUAGCCAGAUUCAAGAUAGUAUUGUGACGAAGAACACUCUUACUGGAGUAGGUCCAUGUGAAAGCAAUAUGAGUGGAGAAAUUGUCCUGGGUCAUUCAUCCCUUAAUUGUUACAUCAGAGUUGGUGCUGGGCACAAACCACAUGAGUGUCAUGAAUGUGGAGAGAAGCCAGAUACGCAUAAACAAUGUGGGAAAGCCUUCAGUUACCACAACUCAUUUCAAACACCUGAAGGGCUUCACACUGGAAAGAAACCAUAUGAUUGUAAAGAAUGUGGGAAGUCCUUCAGUUCUUUGGGAAACCUUCAAAGGCACAUGGCAGCGCAGCGUGGAGAUGGACCUUAUAAAUGUAAGUUGUGUGGUAAAGCCUUUUUUUGGCCCAGUUUAUUACAUAUGCAUGAAAGAACGCACACUGGAGAGAAACCAUAUGAAUGUAAGCACUGUUCUAAAGCCUUUUCUUUUUACAGUUCCUAUCUAAGACAUGAAAGAACACACACUGGGGAGAAACCGUAUGAAUGUAAGCAGUGUUCUAAAGCCUUCCCUGAUUACAGUUCUUGUCUAAGACAUGAAAGAACUCACACUGGAGAGAAACCCUAUACAUGUAAACAAUGUGGGAAAGCCUUCAGUGCUUCCACUUCCCUUCGAAGGCAUGAAACCACUCACACUGAAGAGAAACCCUAUGCAUGUCAGCGAUGUGGGAAAGCAUUUCAUCAUCUGGGAAGCUUUCAAAGACACAUGGUAACGCACACGAGAGAUGGACCUCAUAAAUGUAAGAUAUGUGGAAAAGGCUUUGAUUGUCCUAGUUCACUGCAGAGUCAUGAAAGAACUCACACUGGAGAGAAACUGUAUGAAUGCAAGCAGUGUGGGAAAGCGUUAUCUCAUAGCUCAAGCUUUCGAAGACACAUGACAAUGCACACUGGAGAUGGACCUCACAAAUGCAAGAUAUGUGGGAAAGCCUUUGUUUAUCCCAGUGUAUUUCAAAGACAUGAAGGGACUCACACUGCAGAGAAACCCUAUAAAUGUAAACAAUGUGGCAAAGCCUACCGUAUUUCCAGUUCCCUUCAAAGACAUGAAACAACUCAUACUGGAGAGAAACCCUAUAAAUGUAAAUGUGGGAAAGACUUUGUUGAUUUCUAUUCCUUUCAAAAUCACAAAACAACUCACGCUGGAGAGAAGCCAUAUGAGUGUAAAGAAUGUGGGAAGGCAUUCAGUUGUUUCCAAUACCUUUCUCAACAUAAAAAGACUCACACAGGAGAGAAACCUUAUGAGUGUAAAACAUGUAGGAAAGCCUUCAGUCAUUUUGGUAACUUAAAAGUACAUGAAAGAAUUCACUCUGGAGAGAAGCCCUAUGAAUGUAAGGAAUGUGGGAAAGCAUUCUCUUGGCUCACUUGCUUUCUACGACAUGAAAGAAUUCACAUGAGAGAGAAAUCCUAUGAAUGUCAACAAUGUGGUAAAGCCUUCACUCAUUCCCGUUUCCUUCAAGGACAUGAAAAAACUCACACUGGAGAGAACCCGUAUGAAUGUAAGGAAUGUGGGAAAGCAUUUGCUUCUCUCAAUUCCUUGCAUAGACAUAAAAAGACUCACUAGCAUUCUCUCUAAAUGUAUGGAAUGUAGGAAAGCAUUUAUUAAUUUUAUGUCAUUUCAGAAACUUGUAAGAAACACAUUGGAGAUAAACCCUGUGAAUGUAAGCACUUGGUAAAGCCUUAAGUACUUUCAGUUUCUUUCCAAUACAGUCAUCCCUUGAUACACGCUGGGUAUUGGUUCCAGCACUCCGUGAGCCAUGUCAACUCCCUUUUAUAAAAUGACAUAUUUGUAUGUAACCUACCCACAUCCUCUUGUAUGCUCUCAAUUAUGUCUAGAUUACUUAAAAUACCUCAUGCAUUGUAAAAGCUGUGCAAAUAGUUGUAUUGUUCAGGGAAUCAUAAGGAAAAGAGUCUGUUUUCAGUAUAGAUGCAGUAAUUGUGAGCCUGUCAACAUAGUAUAUGUCAGCCAGAACAUUAAAGUUUCUUUGUUUCAACCCUCA